CUCAUUAAUUAUCCCUCUUAUUAAUACCCCCUCAUUAACAUCCUCCUCAUUAAUACCCCCUUAUUAAUCACUCCCUCAUUAAUAAGUGCUCAUUAAUGAUCCCUCAUUAACACUCCCUCAUUAAUAUUCUCCUUAUUAAUUACCCCUCAUUAAUCCCCCUCAUUAAUACCCCCUCAUUAGUACCCCCUCAUUAAUGACUCCUCAUUAAUGACCUCUCAUUAACGACCCCACAUUAAUGACCCCUCAUUAACGCCUCUUUCCCCCUCCAGCACCACCGGGCCUCAUGUGCCAGCAUCACCCCACGUGUGAGCGAUGGGCCGGGGGGGGGGGCUCCUUAAAAACCUCAUUAACGACAACUAAUUAACGACUUAAUCAACUAAUGACGACUAAUUAAGCCCCCCCCCCAAGCCCCAGCAUGCGGGUGACCCCGUGCCAGGCCGCCCUUGCCGCAGCCAUCGGCCUCAACCUCCUCCUCCUCUAUUGCGUGUGGCUUGGGGCCCGGCGCCGCCGCCCCCCCCCGGCGCCAGGAGCAUCCUCGUGCCGCAUCCCGCGCGGCAUUCCCGGCGUCACCGUCCUGCUCCGGGACUUCGAGGCCACGGAGAACGACGUGCUGGGAACGGCACGAGCCUUCUCCUCCCUAUUGCUGCCGGUGGUGGUGGCCCCGGACACGGUGCUGUACCCCCCGCUGCCGUUACCUCCCGGUGUCACGGUAUUCCCGGUGCUUCCCGUUCCCGAGCGGCCGCCUCCGCUGGCGCAUCCCGAGCUCCACAUCCGCACCCGGCACGUGGCGCUGGUUCCCGACGGCACGCGGGCGCUGCCGGGGCUGCUGGAGCGGAUGCGGGAUGCGCUGGAGCGCGGCAGCGGGGAUACCCGGAUUGCGGUGGCGCCCGUGGGGCCGGUGCCCUUGAGGUGCCUGGAGCUGAGCUUGGAGCCGCGGGAAUGGACGGUGCGGUACCGGGAUGCUCCCGCUAUCCCGGGCCUUUGCCAGGCUGUGGAAGGCGCCGCCGUGCUCCUCCUGCGCACCCGGGAUCUCUUCGCUCUGCCGUUCCCCUUGGCGCGCCCGGUGCCCACGGCGCUCUUCAUCCAGGCGGCAUUCCGGGGUUGGAAGCUGCGCGUGGUCCCCACGGCAUUCCCGCUCUCCCGGCGCCUGCCCCUUUCCCCUCACAACCAAUGGAAAGCUCAGAGCAGGCUGGAAAACCAGCGCCGGCAGCUGAUGCGGGAUCUGGGCAUCAAGCGGGAAGUGCUUCCCGACGGCCGGGAACGUUGGUAUGGAUGCGGGAAGGACACAGCCCGGUGCUUCGGGACAAUCCAUGCUGGAACACCCCAAUACAUCCUUACCGGGCGCUGGACCCCCCCCUGCUGCCUCCGGGCCCUCCGCGAGACCACCCGGCACGUCGUAUCCGUCCUGGAAGCAUCCGGAAUCCGGUACUGGUUGGAAGGAGGAUCCUUAUUGGGAGCCGUUCGCCUGCGGGAUAUCAUCCCAUGGGAUUACGAUGUGGAUUUAGGGAUCUACAAAGAGGACGUUGGGAAGUGCCGGUGGUUGGUGGCGGCGGCCGCCGGGGAAGCGGUGGAGGAUGCUGAAGGAUUCCUAUGGGAAAAGGCGGCCGAGGGGGAAUUCUACCGGGUCCAUUAUAGCCGGAGCAACCGGCUCCAUGUGGAUCUGUGGCCCUUCUAUUCCCGACGGGGGGUGAUGACCAAGGAUACGUGGCUGGGACACCGCCAGGAUGUGGAAUUCCCAGAGAGAUUCCUGCAGCCGCGGGUGCCGAUGGAAUUCGCGGGAUUGACUGCGAUGGCGCCCAACAAUGCCCGGGAAUUCCUGGAGUUCAAGUUCGGACCUGGAGCCAUCGAGAAUCCCGAGUAUCCCAAUCCCAGCGUCAAGAGGAUGGCGCAGGAAUGAGGGGAGUGGGAUGGGGAUGAGGAAUCCCGGGAUACAAAGGGGUUGGGAUGAGGGAUCCCAGGAUACAAAGAGGUUGGGAUGAGAAGGAGGAAUCCCGGGAAUCCUGGUCAAUGUGUGUCCCCCCCCAUUGACAAUAAAGCCUUCUGUGACCCCCA